UGCGCAUUUCAGUCUSGUCAGGUCAAAAGUUCUCGAUGAAAUUAAAAAGAAAAACAAGUUGACUUUUACUAUUUAUUCGUCUUGAAAUGAGGUAAAACGCAGGAAUUACUGUCGAAAUGGAGCCUUCACAGGGCGAUUCUAAAGCUACUCCACCACAAUCCCCAACAUCACAAGAACCAAAAUCCCCCACAACACAAGCACCAGCAGCUACUUCUGGAACACCAGGAAAGAAACGACGGCAUGACUUCAAAUUUGGAAAAAUAUUAGGAGAAGGAUCAUAUUCUACUGUAUUUGUUGCUCAAGAAAUUGCAACAGGAAAGGAAUUUGCAAUUAAAGUCCUUGAAAAACGACACAUGAUCCGAGAGAAAAAGGUSCCUCAAGUACAACGAGAGAAAGAGGUGUUAAGCAGACUGAAUCAUCCAUUCUUUGUGAAGCUGUAUUUCACUUUUCAAGACAAAGAAAAUCUUUAUUUUGGACUCAGCUAUGCAAAAAGAGGAGAGUUACUUCCUUAUAUUAACAAACUUGGCUCCUUUGAUGAAAGUGCYACACAGUUUUACUCAGCGGAAAUAAUAAGUGCUUUGGAACAUUUACAUGGACUGGGCAUUAUACACAGAGACUUGAAACCAGAGAACAUUCUAUUAGAUGAAAAUAUGCAUAUUCAAAUAACAGAUUUUGGUACAGCAAAGAUAUUAGAAGGGGAUAAUAACAAAGGACGAAACUCCUUUGUGGGCACAGCACAGUAUGUAUCACCUGAACUCCUGAAUGACAAAAGGGCYUGUAAAAGCUCUGAUAUUUGGGCUCUUGGAUGUAUAAUUUAUCAACUUUUGUCAGGAUUACCACCAUUUAGAGCAGGAAAUGAAUACCAAAUAUUCCAGAAGAUUAACAAAUUAGAAUAUGAGUUUCCCAGUGGAUUUCCCAGUUCACCAAAAGAUUUAGUAGAGAAAAUUCUGAUUCUAGAUCCUACAAAAAGAUUAGGGAGUGAGGAGUGUGGAGGAUUUGAAGACCUGAAAGGACAUUCAUUUUAUAAAGGUGUAAAUUGGGAAGAACUACCGAACACUAACCCGCCAGAAUUGUUGCCAUAUCUUCCUGCAACAAGCAGCGACGGGGAAGAACAUAGAAGCAAAUACAGGGCCGAUGUGAGUGAUAAUGGCCUGAAUGACUUCGAUGAUUCACUACUAGCUAGGUUCGGCCUAUCAGACGAGUACAAAGCUGUAGAUAAGCCUACACAAAAGAACUACUUACGUCUAACAAAAAUAGAAGUUGAAGAACGUCUCAAGAAGCAAAUGGACGAAUCACCAUGGCAUCAAUUUAUAGAAAAUAACUUGAUUAUCAAAACUGGGAUCUUGGAUAAACGAAAGGGUCUCUUUGCGAAGCGGCGGCAGAUGAUUUUGACUGAGGGACCUCACUUAUAUUACGUCGAUACUGCAGCUAUGGUCUUAAAGGGGCAAAUACCUUGGACUAAAGAACUGCGAGCUGAAGCCAAGAGUUUCAAAGUAUUCUUCGUGCACACGCCAAUCAAAACAUAUUACCUAGAAGACCACAAAGGCUUUGCCGUCGAAUGGGUCGACAAAAUCAAAGACGUCCAUCAAUAUUACUUCGGCUUAUCUUCCAUAUAAGGCACUACCAUAAAAGCCAUUUUUAUUCAGAUAUCUGCUGAUCUUAGACGCUUUCUUAAUUAACACUGUUAUAUAUCAAAGCCUCUUCCGUAAGUAACUGUACUUUACGGAACAGAGUGAUCAAACAUCUGCGCAAUGUACGUGCUUCACCUGAGGUUUAGAGAUUUGAAGAUAUACAAAAACAUGAAUGACACUAAAAGGCACAGCUUCGUACUUCGUACUGUUUUAGAUAGAGCGGAUUUCGUAUGAGUGGGACAUCGUUCCGCACGGUUACCGCACAGUUACCGGACCUGGCCUGCACAAUUUUGGUGAACCAAUGGGGCACUAGAAUUUGGUUACAGUACGAUUACGGUCACAGUACAGUACCGUCCGUUUCCCACUCAUACGAAAUUCGCUCUAUAAUUGCCAACAAACUAACUACUAACUAGCUAAUUAGACCCGUAGAGUCAUUAAACCCGUGAAAUAGUAGUACACUAAUACAAGCUCUACUUGCAUUGUUCUUUUGUGUCUAUUUGACUAUGACACUUCAAUAGUCAUUUUUURAGUGAAGUCAUUUAACCUGCGAAACAAAUCUUGACUAGUAUAAAAGUGCRAUAGUGAAUCAGACAGACUGAAAAAAAAACAAUGCCAAWUAGGGCGAACUAAGGUGUAAUAGUGCAAUAACUAUUUCACGKUUUUUUGGCGUCACUCUAAUGACUAAAUACAUUAGUGAUGUCUAAAUAUUUAAGCUUUAUCGCUAGUAUUCUCUGUACUGUCCCGAAGUUUUCGAAAAGAAACUGAAGAAAACURUUUAAAGCUUGAGGUUUACAAAUAGUUGAAAAGGUAUAAACAAUAGAUCGAAAAUGGGUUAAAACGCUUCUAAACAAAUGAGAAUUAGCUGAUAUACUCAGCCAAUUUCUUAUAAA